UUAUCUCAUGGAAACAUAAAUUUUGUAUUGUUAUUAAUUACUGUAUAAAAAAAUCAAAUUCGGUAGCUUUUGAAGGUUCGUUUCCCAUCUGCGAGGAACAGCUAUAUUUUUUAAUUAAAAUGUUUCUUCCCAUAGUAACGAAAGUGAGACAACAGCAAAGUUGCUCUUAUUCUUGUUUUGAUUGAUUUUUCAGUUCGUUUUUCUGUGGCAGAAACGAUAUGAAGUGGAAUGCAGGAAACAUACUUCAAGUACUUUUCUUAAUUUUGUUAUUUUUGGUUGGCUUACUUGGAAACUUCUCAACAUGCAUAGUCAUUAAGCGAAAUCUUCGUUUACAAAAUGUACACAACGUUUUAAUUGUCAAUCUCGUGACCAUAGAUCUUAUUGUGGUUUUGUUUUCAAUGUUUCCAGUGAUUACAGCCACCAUCUUGGAUGAGUGGCCUUUUGAUGACGUUUUUUGUCAGAUCAGUGGAUAUGUUUUAGUUAUUAUGAAUAUAGCAUCACUUUGGAAUGUCGUAGCGCUCAGUGUGUGUCGAUACUUAUUAUUCCGCAAACCGAUUAUUUACGCUUUUGUGUUCGUCCGAAAAAAUAUGAUUCUUUUAUUGCUCGGUAUAUGGUCCGCUGCUGUCGUCUCGUCGUCUGUUGUAUACGGCGUUGGUAAUUACCGUUAUUUUCCAAGGUUUCACAUCUGUUAUGCCGGAUUUCACGACGUCAAGACAAAUCUGAUUGUUUUAGGUGCCGUUGUGUUUAUACCGACGACCUUUCUAGUUGUUUUAUCAGCCAAUGUAUACACAACAAUUCAGUUGAAACGUCAAAAAUCCCGACAAACUCGACGGCCGCAGAGACGAUCGGUUUUUGAAAUAAAACGGCCUGAUUUGUCAAAUCAGAAUACUGAGAAUUGGACGGCAUAUACAUAUUUAAUCUUGGUUAUCGUUUUAUCAGUGUGUUGGGGCCCCUUGUUGAUUAUACACACAAUCAACCAAGCAAAACCGGAGUAUUUAAAUCGACACAUGUACGCUGCUGGGACAAUUUUCGGAUUUCUCCCGUUUGUUUUAAAACCUAUUAUUUUUUUGGUCAUGAAAACUGAAUUUCGAAGAGAAUUUUUAAAAAUGUACACCUGCAAACAUCAUGUUGAAUCAACAACAUUCACUAGCCGUCAGCUUCCACGAGUUAUUCAUGAAGAACAUGAAAAUACGGAUGAACCGGAUGAACAAACGGUACAACCGGAUAACCAGACUAUAAAUCGAAUGAGAAUGGUAGACAUGUCGAAGAAUCAAUUUGCAAAAUCAAGUAAAGCAGAAGUAAAAUGGAAUAUUAAAAGGAACCCGAAUGUUCCAGAAAAGGACACAAUACUUACUCCUGUUGAAAGCUAAGAAUUGAAAUGUUAAACUCUCAUGUUGUGUCAAACAUUCUCAUGUAAGGUUACGAAACGUCAUAACCUUACAUUUUGCUACUUUGUUCUGUCCAAGGAUCGUUUUGUAAAUACUUCGCUAUUAUUUUUGUUAGUCAGAAUAUCACACAGAAAUACUGAUGUGAUUAAAGUUUAA